AUAAAGAUAUCCUGUGCAGCAGAAGCGCUUUCAUUACGACGACGAAGAAGACUCACUGCGUCCCCUGGUGAUGACGUUUUUCAUCCUCACGUGUGGCUAGAACCACAUAACAAAUUUCACUUGUUUUUGGUCCUUCAUUACAAAUUAAACCUUUCUUUUUAGAUUCAGACGCACAGAGACACAACCAUGUCUUCCAGCUGUCGCCGGCCUGAACACACGGCUCCUCCAGAAGUGGUGAGUGACGAUGUUGACUUUUCUUCUUGGUAUCCAGGCUGAAUGUUUGGAUCUGUAAAGGUCCCUCUGAUACCACUGAAAUACUCUCCUGUUGGCUCUGUUUUGUGUCAUUUUGAUACAAUGAACCUUCUUCAGAGUAUUCGUGAAGUGAAGAAGCCGAUGGCACUUUAUUAGUGUGUGAAUCUGUUGUUCUCUCGUCCCCGCAGUUCUACAAUGAAGACGAGGCAAAGAAAUACUCUCAGAAGUGAGUCUUUUUUCUUAACUGUCUGACUUUCUUCUGAAUUUUAUGAUCGAUUUUGUUUUAACAAGCACCUAUAAAGUGUGUUUUGGCAUUGGCGUGCUUUUUAGUGUCUGCACAGACUAAAUAGAACUAAAUCAACAUGCUGGUGCAUCAUAGUUGCAGCCUUCCCUUUUUACCAACAGGAUAAUAAAGUGAAAUAAGAACAUGUUUUAUAAAGAGCUACAAGUAUGGGUUAUUCUCAGUGUCAGAGUGCCUCUUGUAUAGCUUUUUUUAUAACAUGUUUUACUGUUUUUAUUCCAUCUUGAUAAAAAGGGGGUAAAAAGUUUUAUGUCCACACUCUAAAAUGUCUGUUCACUGCUAUAGAGAGAAGUUAAGAAACCAGAGAAGUGUCUCAUCACUUUCUCUCAAAACUGUCUCAAACUCAUUCAUAAUAAUCAACUUUGUGUGGAAUUUAAAAUAAUAGUGUUUGAUUUAACAAAUAUAUCUACCAGGAGAGAUCUCUAGUUAGAGGACUCUCAGAUCUUCUGACCAGUGCUUUAUGACUUUCCCUUGGUCAAGAUUAAAGUUCAGGGGUGACUGGACUUUUUCCGUUGCUGCGCCUAAGCUCUGGAAUGCUCCACCCCCUUAUGUCCGACUGUCCCCCUCACUGCCUGUUUUUAAAUCAAAUUUGAAAACGCACUUUUACUCCCUGGCUUUUAACUCCUGAGAACUUGGCCUUGUAAUCAUGUUUUAACUGAACCAUCUAUGUCCUCCUGUUUUUAAUGUGUUCCUGUGUCUUUGUUUUGUUGUUUGUGUUAACUGUCUGUUUUUAUUGUUUUUAAUUUUUACUGUAUGGCACUUUGGUCAGCGUUUUGUUGUUUUUAAAUGUGCUUUAUACAUAAACCUGGAUUGGAUUGGAUUGGAUAAGAAAGAGACUGAAAUUAAACUAGAUGUCUCUAUAACAACCUGCAAAGAGUCAGUGAGAAGAUAAAUUACUUCCAUGAAUGUAUCAACAGCCUUGUUUAAAUUUUCCACAGCAAAUUUUCGCAUUGACUGAUAUCUGUUGCAGUUCAAAGUGUUUUUUUGUGAGACACAAAGUGAAAAUUCCUCAUUGUAGCUUGGCUUGGAUAACCUGUUUUAUAUGGUUCCAGGGUAUUAAUUGUCAUUGCUUUUCAUUAUUGCUCUUUAUUGAUUCUGUGGUAUUCUGAAUCCUGUAAGUUAAGAGGGAAUGAAGCAGAUGUGUGGUAGCUGCUGUCGUAUGAAAGUAUUCUUUUAGGAGGUUGUUUUUAAUUACCAGAAGUAGCAUGUGAAACUAUAUCUGAGAUCUGUGGUGUAUUUUGUUGUGUGACAGCUCUCGAAUGAUUGAGAUCCAGACCCAGAUGUCAGAGAGAGCUGUAGAGCUUUUAAACCUGCCAGAGGGACAGCCGUGCUUCCUGCUGGAUGUGGGGUGAGUGGAUGACAAGCAAUUUUUCAAUCCAUGCGGCAACUCUUAACUUAUUUAACUGUAAUAUCAGGAGUUGCACAAUGUUUGUAUUGUAAAUGGUGUUAUUUCUGUCUCAGGUGUGGCUCUGGUCUCAGUGGAGACUACCUUUCAGAGGAAGGACACUAUUGGGUUGGAGUCGACAUCAGCACUGCAAUGCUUGGUGAGUUUUAUAAGCCAGAGCUGAAAGAUGUUCAAAUGAAAAAUCACAUGAACUGAAUUGACUAAGGGGUAUCUGUCUUCCCUCUGACAGAUGUCGCUCUGGACAGAGAGGUUGAAGGAGACCUUUUAUUAGGGGACAUGGGACAGGGGAUGCCUUUUCGACCUGGCACCUUUGAUGGCUGCGUCAGGUAAAAAAACAAAGUUUAUGUUCAAACAACAGAGAAUACAUCUGGGAUUUAUCUUGCAUUAUUUAUGAAUAGAUGAUUUAUUUAUACUUUGCUGUCUCUUUUGUCAGUAUCUCUGCCUUGCAGUGGCUCUGUAAUGCUGACAAGCGAACACACAGUCCUCCAAAGAGACUCUACACCUUUUUUAGUACCCUCUACUCCUGUCUGGUAAAGUUUACUCACUUUUCUUUUACUUUCCCAUGAAAAAUUUAAACAUCAAGAAGCUGAACUUUACUAACUUUUUUGUCUUUUUCUAGUCUCGGGGCUCACGCGCAGUUUUUCAGCUUUAUCCAGAGAACUCAGAACAGGUGAAAUCUUGUUUUGGUGUUACACAGUAAUUCAAGUUUUUCAGUUAUGCUUACCUCCAGUCUUCUCCCUCUUCUAAAGCUGGAGCUCAUCACAACACAGGCCAUGAAGGCAGGCUUCGGUGGGGGCAUGGUGGUGGAUUACCCCAACAGCAGCAAGGCUAAGAAGUCAGUACCUCUCAGGAGUUGUGCCUUAAUUGUUUAGCUGGAGCUGCGUGCAACUGAUUCUUACCUAAUAGGAUGUGUAAUUAGCAGAAGUCAACUUCCUGCCCCAGACUAAUUAGAGCAGGAUGGCACUGUUGAGUCUGUUUGUCACAUUAGCCUUGGGGUGAAUUAUCACACAUUAAAACCAUUUGCCUUAUUAAUUCUUUUAUACACUCGUCUCUUGUGUUUUCAGGUUCUUCCUGUGUCUGUUUGCUGGAUUCACAGGAGCCCUUCCCAAAGUAAGAAACAAAAAAGCUACUUAAUUUCUUUAUGUCUGUGUUUCUUUUCAGCUGCAUUAAGCUGUGAUGAAUUUGUGUUUGUUUUAGGGGUUGGGAUCAGAAACGUCAGACAGAACCAAUCGAAACCAGGUCCAGUUUUCAGGACAAAGGUAAAGAGAUUUACAAGCAGGCGGGUUGUGAGGAUAUUAAAUACUGUUUACAUGAGUGGGAGCUCCAGUUUGUUUCAGUGUUUGUUAGUCAGCGAGGUGCAGCCUGGGGCCAAUUUGACACCAGAUAUAAAUGAUUAAAAUAUUGUUCUUGCAUUUUUGUUUCCCUGAUGUGACAAUGCACGAUUUUUGAGUUUUAACUUUUGCAUUGAACAUUUGCAUGUCUAAUUUUUAUGGAUUUACUAAACGUAUAUGAUACAAAAAAAAUGUAUGUGUAUAUAUACACUCACCGGCCACUUUAUUAGGUACACCAUGCUAGUAACGGGUUGGACCCCCUUUUGCCUUCAGAACUGCCUCAAUUCUUCGUGGCAUAGAUUCAACAAGGUGCUGGAAGCAUUCCUCAGAGAGCUUGGUCCAUAUUGACAUGAUGGCAUCACACAGUUGCCGCAGAUUUGUCGGCUGCACAUCCAUGAUGCGAAUCUCCCGUUCCACCACAUCCCAAAGAUGCUCUAUUGGAUUGAGAUCUGGUGACUGUGGAGGCCAUUUGAGUACAGUGAACUCAUUGUCAUGUUCAAGAAACCAGUCUGAGAUGAUUCCAGCUUUAUGACAUGGCGCAUUAUCCUGCUGAAAGUAGCCAUCAGAAGUUGGGUACAUCGUGGUCAUAAAGGGAUGGACAUGGUCAGCAACAAUACUCAGGUAGGCUGUGGCGUUGCAACGAUGCUCAAUUGGUACCAAGGGGCCCAAAGAGUGCCAAGAAAAUAUUCCCCACACCAUGACACCACCACCACCAGCCUGAACCGUUGAUACAAGGCAGGAUGGAUCCAUGCUUUCAUGUUGUUGACGCCAAAUUCUGACCCUACCAUCCGAAUGUCGCAGCAGAAAUCGAGACUCAUCAGACCAGGCAACGUUUUUCCAAUCUUCUAUUGUCCAAUUUCAAUGAGCUUGUGCAAAUUGUAGCCUCAGUUUCCUGUUCUUAGCUGAAAGGAGUGGCACCCGGUGUGGUCUUCUGCUGCUGUAGCCCAUCUGCCUCAAAGUUCGACAUACUGUGCGUUCAGAGAUGCUCUUCUGCCUACCUUGGUUGUAACGGGUGGUUAUUUGAGUCACUGUUGCCUUUCUAUCAGCUCGAACCAGUCUGGCCAUUCUCCUCUGACCUCUGGCAUCAACAAGGCAUUUCCGCCCACAGAACUGCCGCUCACUGGAUAUUUUUUCUUUUUCGGACCAUUCUCUGUAAACCCUAGAGAUGGUUGUGCGUGAAAAUCCCAGUAGAUCAGCAGUUUCUGAAAUACUCAGACCAGCCCUUCUGGCACCAACAACCAUGCCACGUUCAAAGUCACUCAGAUCACCUUUCUUCCCCAUACUGAUGCUCGGUUUGAACUGCAGGAGAUUGUCUUGACCAUGUCUACAUGCCUAAAUGCACUAAGUUGCCGCCAUGUGAUUGGCUGAUUAGAAAUUAAGUGUUAACAAGCAGUUGGACAGGUGUACCUAAUAAAGUGGCCGGUGAGUGUAUAUAUAUAUAUAUAUUUAUGUAUAUCCAAAUGACUGAUGAGUUACUUCUUUGUUUAUGGAUUAUUUAGCUUGUGUCCUGCCAAAAGUUAGCUGAAGACCCUUUUUAUGUUGGACUGUGUCAGAAAACAAGACUUUUGAUCAUCAGACUUUGUGGAAGUGAAUUAUUUUAACAUUCAAAGAGAAAGAGAGAGUUAAUCAGCCAUGAAAUGAUUUUUGAGUUGCGUCCAAUAAAGAUUUCUCCUAAUUUUGUUGUGCAUUUGUAAAAGAGACACUAGAUAAUUAAACUUUUUAGUUUUCAAUAGGAAAGGAAACAGGUCUCAGCUUUUACAAGUGCUGGUUCAGUUGUACCUGCUCUGAUGAAAGCAAAAGACCGAGAGGAAUCCAAAGGGGUCGUCGUUCUGCUUGACUCAAAACCCAGUCAGGCAGCUUUUCCAUCCUUUUACAUGUUAAUGUGACCUCCAUGUUGUCUGUUUAUAACAAAAAAACAAGGUGCAUUUGAAGAAAUCUUUCUGUUUUUGCGAAGGUGCCGGUUCAAGAAUAUGAAAGGGAAAUCCCUGAAGAAGGGGCGAGAUUGGAUCCUGGAGAAGAAAGAGAGGAGGAGAAGACAAGGACGGUACGUGCAAGACUGAAGACAAAUAAUGAGAUUUAUCAUCUUGUGCUGAAAUAUUCAUGUUGUAAAUUAUGCAAGUGUAGCCCCUUACUGAAUCACCUCUUAAUUAGCUAUUUCCACUCACACAUGCUGACGCCUCUCCUCCCUCUGCUGUGUGUUUGUGGGUCUGCAGGGACGUUCGAGCCGACACAAAAUACACCGGACGUCAGAGAAGACCUCAUUUCUAGCUGUGACUCAUGCAGCGCUGCUCUUAUUGGCUCUGCGCACAAUCGUCCCUGAAAGAGCUCAGUGUUUGGACCCUCCUUAUUCUUCAACUCUUCAAUUCAAGAGGAAAAAAAGCCAGUUGACUUCUACUUCAGUUGAGUCUGUGGUGAUGUGUUUCUCACAAAUGAGAGUGAGUUCCACUUUCCAUAGAGAUGUUGGCUGGAAGAUGCACAGUAAGUUGUGCUGCUUAGCAGUGAUUCACAGUGGGGACAGAAAUCGAUUAAACCGUUUUAUGACACAUCAGAUUAAGUGUCGUCUAUUCCUGAUUGGAUUUGUACUCUGCAGAAUAGAGAUCUCUAUAAGAUUAUGUUGAUUUCUCAGGUUAUAUUAGAAGUUGAAGAAAAAAUGACCAAUAUAUUUGUGAAAACUGCUUUGAUUCGUUACGCAGUUUUACUAAAUACACCCAUUAUUGAUAGGAUGGGAAAACACACACA